UACCCAGUGUUGCACUACAUAUUGUAUUAUAUCUUUAGAGUAGUGUUGUUUAGUUCAAUAUUGAUGUUUCUAAAACUUUUCCUGGUUUCAAAUAUUAUCAAAUAACUGAAAACUUUCAUCCUCUCAAUGGAUGAUGUAAUCAGCAGGGGAGUUUUUACCAGGUUUAUUUACAUAUCUUUUUGAGAAGUCUCCAUUGAAGUUUUUUAUAGCAAACAAAAUAGUUGUAAGAAAAAUCCCAUCACUGAGUUUCUUUCAUUACAAAUGAAAACAUGAAACUUCCAUGUUUCCAGCCUCCUGAUCUUGGAGAGUUUCGUAUUGUGUAUGCAAAUCAGAAUAUUCCUUCAGGUGAAGAAGGCGUUGCUGUACACCAGAUAGUAAAACAUUAUGCUGACAAUGUUGUCAAGACUUACAAGUACGAAGUUUGGAAUUUUCCAGCAAAGAAUCUUUUUGAACAGUUUCGAAGAGUGGCAAACUUUUAUUUUUUGUGCAUUGUGAUAGUUCAGUUUGCUUUAAGAGAUCGAACUCCAGUCAGUCCAAUGACAAGUUUGUUACCGUUACUUUUUGUAAUAGUGGUUACUGCUAUCAAACAGGGUUAUGAAGAUUGGCUUCGUCAUAAAGCUGAUAGAGAAGUUAAUAACAGAAAAGUUAUAGUAAUAAAAAAUUCAGAAGAACAAGAUGUUUAUUCUAAAUACUUAAAAGUUGGUGAUAUUGUGAAAGUUGUAGACAGAGAAGAGUUUCCUUGUGAUAUGGUUGUUAUUUCAACAUCAGAAGGAGAUGGUAGUGAGUGCAGUAUCAUGACAGCAAAUCUUGAUGGAGAAACUAACUUAAAGGCUCGUUACAGUCUGCAAAAAACUGCUUAUUUAAAUAACCCUUCUAAGUUAAGUAACUUCCAAGCACGCGUGGAGUGUGAUCAUCCUGAAUAUGACAUGUAUAAAUUUAAUGGAAGAAUGAUUUUUGGUGACUCACCAACUGCAUAUUCUCUUGACCUUAGCAAUCUUUUAUUGAGAGGUUCAAAACUUAUGAAUACAAGUUUUGUUUAUGGUUUAGUUAUAUAUACUGGAAAAGAGACAAAAAUGGCUUUAAACCAGCAGUCCAAGAAAUCAAAAUUUUCUCAAGUCGAAAAAGGGUUGAACACUUUUUUGUUGAUUUUUCUUGGACUGCUUAUUUUUGAGGCAUCUAUUUGUGUUAUAUUAAAGUCUUCAUGGGAAAAAACAGAUGCAGGAAAAGGAUGGUAUUUACUUGAAAGUUAUAAUCUGGAUUUUCAGCAAGUUGUUAUUGAUCUUUUAUCGUUUCUUAUUUUGUUCAAUUAUAUUAUUCCUAUCUCCUUAUAUGUUACUCUUGAAUUGCAGAAGUUUUGUGGCGCUCAAUUUUUUAACUGGGAUUUAGAACUUUAUCAUGAGCCAACUGAUGAGCCAGCUAAGGCUAACACUUCAGAUUUGAAUGAAGAACUAGGUCAGAUUGAAUAUGUGUUCAGCGAUAAAACUGGAACAUUAACAGAAAAUAAUAUGCGUUUUCGACAAUGCUCCAUUGGUGGAGUUAAAUAUGAAGAAAAAGAUAAUAAACUAUUUCCAAUUGGUCAAGUACACACUGGGUAUGACUGCAGCUGUUUGACUGAAGAGUUAAAGGAAUUUUUUAUUGCAUUAGCGCUGUGUCAUACUGCUCAGGCAAAUGAACUUUCCCAAGAUGAAGAUAUUCCAGAUGGUUGUCACUUGCCUACAGCUUUUUAUAAUUCAAAGUUAUAUAAAUACCAGGCUUCAUCACCUGAUGAAAAAGCUCUUUGUGAAGUUUCCUCAAGGUUUGGUAUAAUUUUUAAAGGAAAAGUAAAUGAUUUCAUGGAGCUUGAAGUAUGUGGAAAGUUGGAAAAAUAUAAAAUACUACAUGUUCUUGAGUUUGACUCAAAUAGAAAACGAAUGAGUAUUAUAUUAGAGACACCAACCAAAGACAUAGUUAUGUACUGUAAAGGGGCAGAUUCACAUGUUAUUCCACGAUGCAUUACAGGACCUUGUCAAGAAACUAUGGUUCAUAUUGAUAAAUAUGCUGUGGAGGGUUUACGCACCUUAGCAAUUACAUCUCGAAGUAUUUCUUACCCGCUUUAUAAAGAAAUAAAUAAUGUGCUACUUCAAGCACAAAAUUCAAUCACCAAUCGACAAGAGCUUUUAGCAGAAGCAUUUGAUAAGCUAGAGAAUGACUUUCAUUUACUUGGUGCAUCAGCUGUUGAGGAUAAACUUCAAGAUGGGGUUAAAGAAACAAUAGAGUCAUUGAGAGAAGCUGGUAUAAAGGUUUGGGUACUAACUGGUGACAAACAGGAAACAGCAGUUAAUAUAAGUUAUUCCUGUGCUCAUUUUAAGCAAAAUAUGGAUGUAACAUAUCUUACUAAGAAAAAAACUGUAUCAGAGGUUGAUGUUGGGCUGAAAGAGGCAUUAAAAAAAAUAGAAGUUAAUUUAGAUGAUUUAUCAGAAAAAGCUCUUGUUGUAGACGGAUCAACGCUUUCUCUUAUUCUUAAAAGUGGUGCAGAUAAAUUCCUUGAAUUUGCACAACAUUGUGUAGCAGUUUUGUGCUGUCGAAUGUCACCCUUACAAAAAGCUCAGGUUGUACGUCUAGUAAAAGAAUCCAAGUUUAAACCUAUAACAUUGGCAAUUGGUGAUGGGGCUAAUGACUGUUCCAUGAUUCAGGAAGCGCAUGUUGGUUGUGGAAUAAUGGGUAAAGAAGGAAGACAAGCUGUAAGAUGCAGUGAUUAUGCAUUUCACAGGUUUCGUUAUUUAAAACGAGUGUUACUGGUACAUGGACAUAACUAUUACUCAAGAUUAGCUACAGUUGUACUUUAUUUUUUCUACAAGAAUAUUGCAUUUAUUACUCCUCAGUUCAUCUUUCAAAUGUAUAAUGGCUACUCUGGACAGCCAUUGUAUGCAGGUGUGUUUUUAACCACUUUCAACAUACUUUUUACAUCAAUGCCAAUUCUGCUGUAUGGUAUUUUUGAGAAAGAUCUUAAAGAAGAGACAUUAAUGGAUCAUCCAAUUUUAUACAGAGAACUUGUAAAAAAUGCAAAUCUUUCCUGGAAGAAAUUUGUGCACUGGGUUCUUGCUGGAUUAUGGCAUGCUGUUGUAAUUUUCUUUGGUGUAAAAUUUGUUUUUGGAACUACUUUUAUUUCAACUAUGCAGGAUUAUAGUUUUUUUGAGUUUGGCGUGUUUGUAUUUACACUUGUGAUUCUCAUCACAAAUUUAAAGAUUGCGUUUAUCAUAAAGUUUUGGACGUGGUUUGUUCAUUUAUUUUUAUGGGGGUCUAUUUUAUUAUACGUAUGCAUUGUUUUGAUUAUAAGUGGUGUUAUUUGGCCAUGGCCUGGUAUAAGAACGACCUUUAAAGUACCGUAUGACUUCAGUUUGUAUGAUUCCUUUUAUCAGUUGGUUGUGGCGUUGUCUUUUUGGCUGUCUUUACUUAUUAUCGUAUUACUCUCGCUUAUUCCAGAUAUUGUUUUAAGUGUAUCGGGGAUGCAUAUAAGGCCCACAAAAACCCAGCGUUGUCAGAUAAAUGACUCAGAUUGUUCAGACAGUUCGCGUGGAAAUAAAGUAAGUGAUAUGUGCACGGGAGAUACGUUGUCUAUGCAGAGCUACAGUGGAAAUUUCGAGAAAGAUGAAUGAUCAUAAAAAGUCUUACAACGUCGCUUGGAGUUAUAGUUCGCUCGUCAAUUCUGAAGAGUAUAGGCAUCAGGCGGUUGAUAAUGUCAUGGAAACUAAUCAUCGUUAGGGUUUUCUUAAAUGCUUUAAAUAAAAUAGUCACAAAAGUUAGAAAA